UUUCCCUUAAAAACAAAUAUGGCGACUUUAAUGAUGCAAAACAUUAGUGCACUUUAAGAAAUGAUUAGUCUCUUUUUCAUAAGUGAUUUCGUAAAUUAUUAAAAUAAUAAUGGAUAUGGGAUUAAGUACAACACUUUUGGCUGGUGAUCCACGUCUAGUGGAUCACAUUGUUGGCCAAGUUAAAUCGCAAGGAAUUUUCGAUCAAUUCCGAAAAGAAUGUACAGGCGAUGUUGACACAAAGCCGGCCUAUCAAAAUUUGAGGACACGUGUCGAAAGUUCAGUUAAUACAUUUUUAAAAUCACAAAACUGGAAGCCGGAUAUGAACAAAAAUCAACUUCGCGAGACAUUAAGAAAAAAUAUUCACGAUGCAUCAUUUCUCGACGUGGGUGUUGAACGAAUAGUCGAUCAAGUGGUAAAUCCAAAAAUUUAUCCCGUCUUUAUGCCACAAAUUGAAGAUGUAGUUUAUAAAUUUCUCGGUAUGGAGAGGCCAAAGCCACGCGAAAAAAAUGGAUCAUGUGUUCUUAAAGAUUUAUUACCCAAAGAUUUGGAUCCAGUUUCACCUGAAUCUGAUAGAAAUAGUUUAAAGGAAGAAUCACUCGAAUCAAUGGACAUUAGUUUUGAGGAUAAAAUUAAUGGAGAAAAGGAAAAAGUCAAUAACGAAGAAAGUAAAUCAACUAAAAGUGAAAAUGAAGAUAAUAAAGAGGAGGAAGUGAAAAAAAUUGACGAUUUAAAAAGUGGGGAUGAUUGUAAAAAUGUCGAUGAUUGUAAAGAGGAGGAAGAUACAAAAAAAGUUGAAGAUUCCAAGAAAGUGGAUGAUUCGAAAAACAUUGAUGUGAAAAAUUCAGAAGAAUUAAAUGAUUCAAGUAGGAAAAGUGAUGAUUUUAGGAAAAUUGAUGAAUGUAACAAAAUUGAUGAGACGAAAAAGGAAGAGGAGGAAAUUAAAUCAAUGGAUGAAGUAAAAAAUGGACAAUUUGAUUUAGAUGAAAAUUCAAUGGAUGGUUUUGAAAAACCUUUGAAUACAUCAUUGACAAAUCUUAAUUCUUCAUUUAGAUCGGACGACAAAACCGAGGAGGAAGAGGAAAGUCCACAAUUUGAGCCAAUUGAUAUAAUGAAUUUCAACGAAUCCAAUAUUUCAAAUGACUCUCAUUUGUCCGGUAUUUCUGAAUUAACAAGUCAUCGGUCUCGUAGUCCCGAUUAUUCCAAUGAUUUCUCGAGAGAUAAUUUCGAAUUUUCCAAUCAGGAUCAAGAUUCUCAAUUAAGUAAAGUCUCGUCAAAUUCACGUCUAUCGAUUGUCACCGAUUUUGGCUCAUCGAAUCAGGCGUCAAAUACAUUUUUCAAUUCCAACGAUGAUAGUAAGGACAAUUUUAAAAUUAUCAACGAGGAGGCAAAGUUCGAUUUCGACGAUAUUAAUAAAACGAAGGAAACUCUUUCCGAGAAGGAGAAGGAUUCGAAGAGUGUUAAGAGUCUCUCGUCGAGGGAAAAUUCACGUGACGAGACUGAUGUUUCGAAAGAAAAGUGUGAAAAUCGAGAGAUCAAGGAGAAGAGUGAAAGAAGUGGGAGCAAGGAUAGUAAAGACAGCAAGGACAGCAAGGACAGCAAGGACAGUAAGGACAGUAAAGACAGAAAUGAAAGUAAGGACAGGAAAGAAAGGAGCGAUAGUAGAGAUCGAAAGGUGAAAAGCGAGAGUAGCAGGGAUAAGAGCGAGUCUUCCAAAUCCAAAAAGGAAAAAAGUGAUUCUAGGGAUUCGAGAGAAUCCAGAGAUUCAAGAAGACACAAGGACAGAAAAAAGAGUAGUUCCAGCAGUUCCAGACAUUCAAAGUCAAGAAAGGAGGGCGAUCAUUCACGGGAGAAGCGAAAGGACACUCCGGAAAAGACGAAGGAUAAAAAGGACGAGAGGGACAAGGACAAAGAGGAAAGAAAGGAAAAGGACGAGCGAAGGGAAAAAGACGACAAAAAAGAAAAGGAAGAAAAGAAGGAGAAGGAUGAGAAGAAAGAUCAAGAAAAACAAGAAAACACUCCAGAUGCAUCAAAAAAUCUAAAGGACAUGUAUAAAGAAAAAAUACGUGAACUACGCGAGAAAAAAGAACUCACCGAAAAGGAGAAGUUAAAUAAAGACGCAAGUAAAGAGAAAAAAGAUUCCUCGCGCGACAAGAAGGACUACAAAAAAGAUCACAAAACAUCCCGAAGUUCAGAGCGUCACGAUAAAAGUUCAAAAUCAAAAACCACCGAUUCAAACGACAAGAAACGUGACGAUCGCCGUCAUUCCAAUUCCAAAGACAAAAGUCGAAGUUCACGAAGCGAUAAAGAUUCACGUCCCAAAAAAGAUGAGAGAGAAACUAAAAAAGAAUCAUCAUCAUCGACAUCAUCAUCAUCAAAAAGUGACAGUCAAUCAUCAAAAGAAAAGAAGCAACGCGAUGAUAAAAAAUCAAAAACAAAAGACGAUCAUUCAAGUAUAAAGAAAAAUUCCAACGAUCGUCGUUCAACCGAUCGCGAUGGUUCCAAUGGAUCAAAUGGCAAAAGUUCGCAAAAAAGUUCAUCGACAAAAAAUUUAUCAACGACACUAACAAAAGAAGCCAAUAAUACAACAACAUCCAGUGGUGAGACAUCCGAAGGAAUUGAAGAUUCACAAGAGAAAAUAAAUCCCAACGAUGUGGAAACAAUGACUAAAUUUGAAACCAUUGGGAAAAGUGACGAAACUUCCCUUCCAUUAAAGAAACGUCCCCUCUAUGACGAUUCGUUCAGAACUGAACCGAAACGAUCAAAAAUUGAAACAUCGCCAAAUAUUAAAGAAAAAGAGAAAAUUGUUCUCAAAAUAAGUAAGGGGAAAAUUAUUGAUAAUAAUACACCCAUUGAGGAUAUCACCCAAGUACCGGAUGAAGAACGUGUUCAAAUAAUCGAAGUUCCAGCUGAUGAUUGCGAGGAAACGGAAAUAAUACCAAACAUGACAUUAGCCGAAACGGCAAUGAUCAUUCUACAAGGGGAUUUAGUCGAUCAAACAAAAAUUCACAACGAUCAGCAAAAGAAAGAAUCGAAAUUAUCACUAAUGGAGGAAUCGAUUCGAAAAUCAUUGGACGAAAUGAUGUCCGAUCAGAAAUUACUCGAAAGUGGGAAUACAGUGUCAGAGCAGGCGGUUGAAACCGAAGCCGAGAAGAAUCUAGACGGGGAAAUCGAGGAGAAAACAGCGAAUGAUACACAAUUUUCCGAACUUGAGAAAUGUUUAGAUUCAAAUAGAAAUUCAGAGGCAAAUUCCGAAUUCGACGAAUUGGAUGAGACGAAAGGUUCGGAACUCGAGAAACAUUUACAAGAAUUCGACGAUGAUUGUGAUGAUACACUGGAAACAAUUUGUGACAAAGAAGGAGAAGAAGAAAAAGUAGUCGAGAAGGAUAUUUCUCAAUUCGAGAUGGAUAAUAUUGAGGAGAAUCUGGAGAAAUUAGAAAGAGGCGAUUUCCAUUGGGAAGAAGAGAAGAGUUCGACAAAUGAGUCGAACGAUAUUUCAAUAUCCAAUCAAGAGAAAUUGAAUAAAUCCGACAAUGAUAAGAGUUUCGAGAAAAUACUCGCAACAACACUCGAAUUACGUGUCUCAAUGGGUAUAAAACACUCAACUGAGGAUUUAAUCCGAAAUGUUAAAAUCGAACACUCAAUCGGUGAAUAUUCGCAAAAUCGAAACAAAAUCGAAAUUAUUCCCAAGGUAAAAAAUGAUACCGAAGAUGCUUGCAUGUAUUUUGUACCCGAUAACGAAAGGUACUUGAAAUUCACAAAUUUUCUCGACGCUUUCGAAAAGGAACUGAAUUCAACAGAACAUGACUUUGUCGACAAAAACAAAGUCGUCGAUAAAAGCACAGAUGUCGACAACAAGAAAGACGUCGAUAAAAGUACAGAUGUUGAUAAAAAGAAAGACGACGAUAAAAAUAAAGUUCCCGAUAAAGAAAAAAGUGCCAAUAAAGAAAAGUGUGUCGAUAAGGAAAAAACUGUCGAUAAAAACAAAGAAGACGUCAGUGAAGAAAUUGAUGAUAAAAAUGUGGAGAAAAAUAAAAUUGUCAAUGAUGUUGAUGUUGAUAAGGAAGUGGCGAGUAUUGAGGAGAAUACAUCCGACGAGAAGAAGAAGAAGAAGAGAAUGGCACCGCCGAAGAGGAAACUAUCAUCGAGUCCAUUGAGUGAUAUUUUAUUGCAUAAUGCGAAUAAUAAUAAUGAUGGAAAUAAGGAAACCGAAACGGAAGUUAUUGAUGAAGGUGAACCAGUGGCGAAGAGAAAAAAAUUGGGCAGACCAAAGAAACAGAAACCAAGCUUAAGCAGUUACAAUCCAUCGGGAUUAAUGAAUGGUGAAAAUUUUGUAUUCCCUCUGAGUCCCGAAAGUGAUGUUUCAGCGACCAGUGAAAAAAUAAUUGCCCCACAAGUCAAAGAGGAAAAAAGCCGUCAAAGAAACAAUCAACGAUACUCGAGCGACGAUUUAUACAAGCCACGACCCUUAUUUGCAAGUUCAUCACGACGGAAUAGAAGAUCGAAUCAAGCAUAGCAAGUAAUAGACUUUCUACGAAUCUAAGUAUUUUACUUCCACUUAUACCAAACUUUAAAUAAUGGCUAGCUUUAAAAUUUUCAACUUCCGUUCUUAUAUUAUAAAAAAAACUGUUCAAUAUUAUUAACAUUAUAAUGCCUUAUUAUAUUUCAUACAUUCUCUAUUUUUCUAUAAUUAACGCGGAAAAAAAUGCUUUACACUAAAAAUACAAUAUUAAAAGUUUUCGCGACUAAAAAAAAAAAUGUCGGAGUUCAGAAUCAAAAUUAGACAAACUAUUGGCACAUUGUAUAGUUAAAUUUAUUAUUAUCAUUAUUAUUAUUAUUAAUUAUUAUUAAUAGAAAAACAGAUUAGAUGCGAGUCACUUAAGUGCUUUGUGAAAACAAAAUCCGUUUUCUUUUGUCUCGAAAAAAGAGUGUUGUUACAAGUUAAUUUAAAUUGU